AGUGGGAAAUGCCCUGAUGAUUGCCUUAUGGGGAGAACAUACCCCUUCACCAAUGCACUCAAUGCACUUUGGUUGGAGAGCCGGUGCAUUUUUGGCCCCAAUGAUUGCAUAUCCAUUCCUCUCUGGGCGUUUAGAGGUUCCCAUAUUGGUCAACUCAACAUUGAACAACACAACAGAAGCGACGAUUGUAAAUGGAACAAGAAUUAUAUUAACUGAGUCAAAGAUUAUCUACCCUUAUAUGAUCACAGGUGGUCUCGGGGUACUGAUUUCAUUUGUCUAUCUUGGGUUUUUCCUUGCGCCACGCCCUGAUGGUAUGAGAUUCACCAACACAGCAAAGAGUAGACGACUGAAACAAUUCCUGUCACCUGCAUCAUGUGCUGGUGGUAACUUAAGAUUUGGUACACUAAUGAUGAUCUGUCUUACCCUUUAUUACUUAUUCAAUGAUAUAGUAGGCAAUGUCUUUGGCAAUUUCCAAACAGCUGUUGCAACAAAAAGUUUAAAUAUGACAAAACAGGAAGCUGCACUCUUAAACAGCGCAUCAAGUGGAACUGCUCUAGCGACACAGUUUCUGAUGAUCUUUCUAGCAAAAUAUGUCCCGAUGCCUGUGCUAGUCUUCAGCGAGGUGCAUGGUAUUUUAGCAGUUAGCAUUGCUGCUUUUUUCUUCGUCCUAAACAACAUCCUGGGCUUCACGAUCUUGAGUUGCGCGUUUCGAUUCUUCAGCGCUGCAUUCUGGGCCGGAGGCAUGGCAUGGGCAGAAAAUUACAUUGACAUCACUGGAGCGGCUAUCAUGUUGUGGAACAUAGGUUCAGGGGUAGGAGGUGUGUUUACAUACCUGAGUGGCUAUCUAUUCAGUAAUCAUGGGGUUAGUGCUAUCCUAUGGCUAGAUCUAUCUAUUGCAAUUUUGGUGUGCUUACUGUUAUAUAUUACACAAUGCAUCAUGUCCCGACAUGGACCUAAGAGAAGGAAAGACUAAUUCAUUUUCUCUGAUGAACAUUUUGACCUUUAUUACUUAGAUUAUUAACUGGGAACAGACAUCCAGAGAAAGUACCUCAAAAUAUACAGUGCUCCAUACUCAGCAGUUGCUAUACUAAAAGGUACAUAUUAACUUAUUAAAAAAUGUGUUUGCACCCUGUGAAAAGGAUGAUAGAGUUACAUCAAAAAGUGUAAUAAUAAUGCUUGAAAGCCCACUAUACUUAGCAAAUAAAGAUAAAAUAAUCAUUGAAACAUGUUACUCACACACUCAAUCAAAUAUGAUACAAAGCUUGAUUUGCAUAAAUGUUGAACAGAGAAAAAAUAACUCAAGUAUGAAACGGCAUUUGAAGCUCAGAGAUCCUUAGUAGGGUGUGCACAUUUUUGACAAAAUGCAUGUUUUAAGUAACUCUUGAUUGAAAAGAUGGCAACACUUUUAUAAAAUAAAUAAAUGAAUAAAUCAUGUGAUACAAAUAAAUUUAAAUGAGACUGUAUCAUGCAUCGAAGUAUUUACAUUUCAAAUACAAGUAUCAAAAAGUCCCUGAUGCUACUGGUUGUGUAAGUAGAGAUCCCAGUUAAUUAGCAUUGAACUCUCACAGGCAACUUAUGCUUGAUAGCCAUGUAUCUGGUCUAGGGUUACAAAGGUCAAUUGACUUAUCCGUUUUAAAAGGCCACCAUACAUUAUUCAAAUGUCGUUGGUUGUUGGCAAUG